UAUAAAUGUACCAGUCAUCCAGGUAGGUUACUUCAUAUCCUCUUGUUAAUGCUGAAGGACUGAUCUGUGAGCUGGAGACUUUCAGUGUGCAGGAACAUCUCUCUAGAGAUCUGACGUGGGGUUCGGCAUCGCAGUUACGCUGAGCAGUCACAGAUCUGACCAUUCGCAGAAUGCAGGCCCUGCAGAUUGGCGCCGUGGUUUGUGCUUUCGUCAGCCUUCUGCUGCUCCUCAUUGCCCUGGGCUCAGACUACUGGCUGGAAAAUGAAGUGAGCUACGCUGGCCUCUGGAGAUCUUGUGUUAAUAUUGGAUUAGGUGAAACUUGCGUUUCAUUUGGGAUGGAUGUGAGAGAUUACGUCCAUGCUACCCGAGCCUUCAUGUUCUUCGGGAUGAUCGCUGGAGCCGUCUCUUGCAUUGGUCUUUGUGGCACCUUUUUUAGCGUGCAAUUUGGCUCCAUCUCCAAGGCCAAGACCGCAGCCAUAGCCAGCAUUGUUGCAGCUGGUUGCGUCCUGAUUGCCAUGGCCACCUUCACAGGGUGUGCGGGAACACAGUUCAGUUAUGGAUGGUCUUUUGGCUUGGGCUGGGCCUCCUUUCCUCUCUUCCUUAUAACUGGUGGGCUGGCUUUCCGCGUGAAUCCUGCUGCAGCAGAAUGAGGAAAAGAGUGUGCUACAAUUUCAGAUGAGCUAUGUUGAUAUCACAAACACAGUCUACACUGGAACAAGUUGGACCUGAAGGAAAUGACUAUACUUUCAUGAUGAAGAUGACACAUUAUACAAUAUUAAUGGCAUUAAGGAAUGGCAAAUUCACAGCACAUUGCAAUCCGUUAACUGAAUACUGAACCAGCCAACUUGGUGCCCUCAAAAUGCUGUUGUGUUACAAAGUAGGGCUGCCAAAUCUUCUAAACCAAAGAAGAGGACAUAAAAAAUUCAUGAUUAAUAAAUAAUGAUAAUAAUAAGGGGGACAGUAGGCUUUGUGAAACUGCUCAGCUGAGCAGUUACAGCGCUGGGCUGGGGGCUCUGUAAAACUGUUUGGCUGUGGGGAGUGUGGUUGCCGCUCCCCGCAGCUGAGCACUUAAAGGAGUCCCCGGCCUGGCAUUGGUUUGCCAACGCGAGCAAGGGGGAGCACUGGGGCGGGCACAGCUGGGGAUUGGGAGCUCUCCUGUGCCCCAGAUGAACCACGCAAAGGAGCCCUGACGCUCCUCCUGCUCUGAGGCAUGCCGCUUCCGCUUGCCGGGCACAGCUGUUCAUGCUCCUGGAAGGCAGUUCCCGAGCACACGUGUGCUUUGUCUAAAACCACAAACCCUGGACAUUUUGGCAAUAAAAAAGAAAUCCCCCCAGAUGGUGUUUUCACCCUUUAUAUACCAGAUAUGUCCUGGAAAAACUGGUUGUAUGGCAACCCUAGUUAUAACUCCCAUCAUCCUUGUCCGUUGGCCAUUGACCAUGCAAGCUGGGGCUUAAAGGAGCUGGAGUUCACCAACAUCUGGAGAGCAACAGAUAAGCUACUGCCAAUUCAGAA